AUGUGCCCGAGCAGGUUGUUUGCAAAGGUCAGCCCGCCGGGCUGCCGCGGCGAGCGCCUCUCCGCGCUUCUUGGCUCGCUCCGCAAGAGCCAGGAGCAAGGCACGGGGAGCCGGCGCAGCCCGCGGCGGCUCCGCGUUCGAGCGGCGAGCGGCAGACCGCCCGCGGGGCUGCCCCGCGCCCGCCGCCGCCGCCACAUCGCCCCCGGGGACGUGAGCGCCCUCCUGGACUACCACAACCAGGUGCGGGCGCAGGUGUCCCCGCCGGCCGCCAACAUGGAGUACAUGGUGUGGGACGAGCGGCUGGCGCGGGCGGCGCAGGCCUGGGCCGCGCGCUGCCUCUGGGACCACGGGCCGCCGCAGCUCAUGAAGUUCGUGGGGCAGAACCUCUCCAUCCACUCGGGCAGGCCCCGCUCCGUGGUGGAGCUGGUGAAGUCGUGGCACCGCGAGAAGCAGCACUACUCCUUCCCGCAGCCGGAGGAGUGCCGGCCCCGCUGCCCCACCAAGUGCAGCGCCGCCGUGUGCAGCCACUACACGCAGAUGGUGUGGGCGACCUCCAGCCGCCUGGGCUGCGCGCUGCACUCCUGCGCCAACAUGCGCGUGUGGGGCAGCACGUGGCGCCGCGCCGAGCUCCUCGUGUGCAACUACGCCGUCAAGGGCAACUGGAUGGGAGAAGCGCCCUACAAGGUGGGCAGGCCGUGCUCUGCCUGCCCGCCCAGCUACGGCGGCGGCUGCAGCAACAACAUGUGCUUCACGGGGCUCAAGUCCAACCAAGUGAGCUGGUUCUAG